GAAAUUUGAAAGAAAAAAAAAUGUGUUCGAGAGUCGAAGCAGAAGCCUCCCCAGAGGAGCCCCUGAAGCUUGCAAUCGCUGUCUCUCUCCUACGAUCCAGGAUCCUGAAUCGUCUUUCUUCUUCUCGCCCUGGUGUUCCAUCUGAAGCCGAUGCUUUCCGCUGGAAGCACAAGGCCAAAGAGAGGAAGCGGGAAAUCAUCAGACUACGGGAAGACCUCAAGGAGACCGAAAAUGCUUCGCCUUGUGAUUUCCUCCCCCAAACGGCCUCUUGCAAGUGUUAUUUCUUCGAUAACUUGGGAGACUUAAACCCUCGCCCAAUUAGAGGGACCUCUGAACUCAGAUUCAACGAUGUACUACGUCGUCGAUUUCUCAAACUAGCGAGGGCCAAGUGCAGAAGGAAAACGCCUCGCUCGUCUCAAAGAUUGCGUUUCUCAGAAACGAAAUACAAAGAUGAAGCAGAGCAGUUAAGGAUAUCUGUGGAAUUUCUCGUAGAACUGUGUGAAGCGCACUCCCAUGAAACCCCCAACUUCAGUAACUGGUCACACCAGGCUGUAGACUUAAUAUUAGCUUCACUGAAGAAUCUCUUAGCAGCUGGGAACGGCACAGAAUCUGUUGAAGAAUCUAUCAGUUACUUGAUUACAAAAUUGAUCACGAGAAUCUCUUCUCCUUUAAAAGCAAAAGAGGGGAUACAACCUGAAAAAAGUUUCCAGUUCUAUGUACAACACUUAGUCCGCAAACUGGGGAGUCAACCAUACAUUGGACAACGCGCAUUAUUGGCAGUGUCUCAGAGGAUAAGUGUCUUGGCAGAAAGUCUCUUCUUUGUGGAUCCAUUUGAUGAGUCGUUUUCAGAGAUGCACGAGUGCCUAUUCACACUGAUACAACUAACUGAGAUGCUGAUAUGCGAAUACUUGCUGCCAUGGUCAGAAGAGCUAGGAUUUGAGACCGCUGUGUUGGAGGAGUGGGUAGCAUCAGUGGUUCAUGCAAGGAAAGCAAUGGCGGAUUUGGAAGACGGAAACGGAUUGUAUGUGCUCUACAUGGAUCGAGUCACCGGGGAAUUGGCCAAACGGGUUGGCCACAUCUCAUCUUCUCGGGAACUCGACUCGUCCAUCUUGGAUAAAAUCUUGGCUUCGCCUUAAUCACAUUUUCCAGGUUCAGCAUUUACCCUGUAGCUUUUGACUCCCAAGUUAUGCUGUCAGCGAAUGGUUUUUACAAUAAAACCAAAACCCAUCUAUGAUGUCAUCAGUAAUCAGAACCAGACAUGAGAAGCAUAGAGAAUGUGUCAACCUUGUUCCUUUCUAUGCCGCUCAUGUGAUGAAGCAGGCAAGGUAAGGUGAUCAAUUGCUUCAUGCUCUCUGUUAUGCAUC